AUGGCAGACGUAGAAUACCAGUUCACAACCACCGAGAGAAAAGUCAGGAAAAGCAAAAAAACCACUUCGUCAAAUAAGAGGAGAGAGAGCAACGAUCAGGGCGAAGUUACCAUCACUGAACUGGAUAAAGAAAACGUGUAUCCAUUGGAAAAUGGUCACGAUGACAAGAGUGGAGAAUACACCAAGGCUAUGAACAAGGACUGGCAUUCCGGUCACUUCUGUUGCUGGCAAUGUGACGAAUCGUUAACAGGACAGAGAUAUGUUCUCAGAGACGAUCAUCCAUAUUGCAUCAAAUGCUACGAAUCUGUGUUCGCCAACCCGUGCGACGAAUGCGACAAGACCAUCGGAAUCGACUCUAAAGAUUUGUCGUACAAGGAUAAACAUUGGCACGAAGCUUGUUUCUUGUGCAGCAAAUGUCGCGUCUCGUUGGUGGACAAACAGUUUGGAUCAAAAGUGGAAAAAAUCUAUUGCGGAAAUUGCUACGACACUCAAUUUGCUGCUAGAUGCGACGGCUGUGGAGAUAUAUUCCGCGCAGGAACGAAAAAGAUGGAGUACAAGACCAGACAGUGGCACGAGAAAUGUUUCAGCUGCGUUGUGUGCAAGUCGGCCAUCGGCACCAAGAGCUUUAUACCAAGGGAACAGGAAGUUUACUGCGCCACUUGCUACGAGGAAAAGUUCUCUACCCGCUGCGUUAAGUGUGACAAGAUUAUCACUAGUGGCGGAGUGACAUAUAAAAACGAACCUUGGCACAGGGAAUGCUUCACUUGUAGCCAUUGCAGCACGUCGCUGGCUGGACAGCGUUUCACGUCCAGAGACGAAAAGCCGUUCUGUGGAGAUUGUUUCGGAGAGUUGUUCGCCAAAAGAUGCACUUCAUGUGUAAAACCGAUUACAGGAAUCGGCGGCACUAGAUUCAUCUCGUUCGAGGAUCGCCACUGGCACAACGAUUGUUUCAUCUGCGCCGCCUGCAAGACCUCACUGGUCGGCAGGGGCUUCAUCACCGACGCAGAAGACAUCAUUUGCCCGGAAUGCGCCAAGCAGAAGCUUAUGUAA